GUUACUUAAGAGGUUAAGGACAGUGGACAGUUUGACAAUGCAUCUCCGUGUUUAUUGUCCAAAAACAGACGGUACAUGUAUGUAUCAGUAAUUUCAUCUUAGUGAGGCUACAUCCAAUCAACAACUGGAGCUGCAGUGAUAAAACAGUGGAUCAGUGUUCAGGAAAAGUUGAAAUGAUGCUGCAGAAAUAGAGUUUGGAGAGUGAAAGCAAUGGUAUCUCCAUGGCGAUUGCGUUUAAUUCCCAACAGUCGCCAGCUCUUGGUUCUAGCCUGUCUCCUGUUUUUGUUCUGGUGUAUGACGCUCUAUCGAGUCGCCAAUAUUAACCCCGCCAGGCAGAAGGAAAGUGAGGUACUUAAGAAUGAAAUCAUCAGUCUAAGUGAGAAAUAUGUCCGAGCACUCUCGCGGGAAAAUGCUGAUAUUGUGGAUGGGCCAUAUGCUGGAAGAUUUACUGCUUAUGAUCUCAAGAAAACAAUGGCUGUAUUAUUGGAGAAUAUGUUAGAACGUCUUGGUCGGUUAGAGGUUCAAGUCCAUCAUGUGAUGAAUAUAUCCAACUCCUCCCUGGUCAAUCUGACCCGCCCCCUGAUGGCUGACCAGAGUGAGGACUCCCUCCACGCUGAAGACUUAAUUCUUGGAAGGACGGAGUCUUGUACCCUUACUGAACAGGACAAACAAGUGUACACAAAAUGUGAAGGAAAAUUAGAGUGGAUGAGACAGAUGUGGCAGUCAGACCCGUGUUACGCUUCGUAUGGAGUGGACGGAUCAGAGUGCUCUUUUCUUAUGUAUCUUAGUGAGGUUGAGAGCUGGUGUCCCAAGAGGACCUGGAAGAAAAGUGUAAAAGUACCGGUAGAAGACUCUUCUAAAAUCCAAUAUGUUGACAUAAAUGAUGAUAUUGAAGAUUUAAUGAAGAUUUUGGUGGAUCCAAAUGAAAGACAGGGUUAUGCUUGGAUACGAAUGAGGAUCCGCAAAAUGUGGCCCAAGUGGGUGUCUGCUGCCAAAAAACUCAAAUCAAAACAAUAUAUGAAGAAACGCAGGCGGAAAAAGAUUCUUGUUCAUUUGGGACUUCUUUCCAAACAGUCUGGUUGGAGGUUUGCAGAAAAUCAAUUCAAAGGUGGUCCCCUGGGAGAACUUGUCCAGUGGAGUGAUCUCAUAUGUACCUUGUAUGUGUUAGGACAUCAGCUGACCAUCACCAGUGAAACUUACCAGCUGGAAAAAAUUCUGAGCCAGCUGCCUGCGGCUAACUCUCCCUGUCAGAGUAGAAAAGAUCUCCCUGUCCAUAUCAUCUACACAGACAUUGUAGGGCUCAGGCAGUUCAAAAGAUACAUCAAAGGAGGCUACGGCAAAUUCAGUUGCUUGCUGAGGAUUGUGGACUCCUUUGGUACAGAGCCGGCCUAUAACUUACGAGCCUAUGCCAAGGCCCACAAAAUGUUAACCUCCUGGGGUGGACAGGACCUUUUACCUCAACAGUUCUUCACCAUGUUUCCUCACAGUCCAGAUAAUUCCUUCAUGGGGUUUGUUGUGGAGCAGCAUUUAAAUGAUUCAGAUGUGAAGGGAAUCAAAAGAGAGAACUGGGCAUUAGUGUAUGGAAAAAAUGAUUACAUGUAUGAGGGAAAGGAGAAUUACCUGAAUACAAUCAAAAAACACUUGGAAGUUCACGGUACAGUUUAUGUUGAUGAAAAAGCUAAAGACAUCAAAUCUAAUGUACCCAGUUUUGUCAAAAACCAUGGUCUACAAAAGCCAGAAGAUUUUCACAUAUUGCUGAGGAAGUCUAAGGUUUUUGUUGGCUUAGGUUUCCCCUAUGAAGGACCUGCUCCUUUAGAAGCCAUAGCUAAUGGUGCUGUUUAUAUCAAUCCAAAAUUUCCCACCCCUCAUAGCAGUAGAAAUACACCAUUUUUUAAAGGCAAACCAACAGCCAGAGAGCUGACUAGUCAACACCCGUAUGCAGAAAUGUUUAUAGGUGAACCUUAUGUAUAUACAGUGGAUGUCAGUAAUCAAAAAGAAGUGGAGAAGGUGCUGGAUAAGAUACUACUGGAGAGGGAAAAUAAGAAAAAUCACUUCAAACCUCACAUGCCAUAUGAGUUUACAGAGGAGGGGAUGCUCCAGAGGAUGAACGCCUACAUAGAACACCAGAACUGGUGUCAUUUCCAGAAACAAGGGGCAAAAUGGCCGCCAGAGUCAGCCAUUACUUAUAUCAUGGGGGAAGACGGCCAGUCUUGUAAAGAUGCUUGCUGGGGAAAAGGGUUAAUUUGCGAUCCUAGUCAUUUCCUGCAGAUUAACUCAGCUCGUUCCUUGAAGCAAGCUCAGGUGGACUGCAGUCGAGAAGAUUAUGUGACAGACAUUUUUGUCCCAGGCUACGAUCCAAGCACCAUGGAGUGUGCCUUCCAGCGAGAGGAGUUGUUGUUUAGCUGCGUAGGCAAGAAAAACAGUUUCCGUCGAUACUGUCCCUGUCGAAAUUACAUCAAAGGACAGACUGCUCUCUGUAAGGAAUGUGUUUGAGCCAUAUGUGAUUGGUCAAAAUAUUAUUGUUAAGUCAUGUGAUUGACAAAAAUAAUGUGUUUUAGUCAUUUGAUUGGCUUAAAUAUGGUGUUGUCUUUCCUUGAAUCCAAUGCAGCAUUUAGCAGCCACCUGCUAGAUAAGAGUAUUUGUUCUUCCAAUUAGUACGAGUCUUUUUUGUUGGUUAUAUUCAGCAUUUGGAAAAUAUUUCAAAAGAUGUAAUUUUCAAAUUAUAGACAAAUUAUAGCAUUAUUUGCUGUUAUUUAUAUCAUCUUAAAUCAUUGUGUGAACAUUGAUUUCUUUUUUAUAUUCAUUUAUUUAUAGGUUAAGAUUUUAGGUUAAUAUAAGUACUGUAAUGUCUGUUUUAAAGAACAUUUUCUAUCACAGAUUCUGCAGAAUUUGGGAAUUCAGUCAAAGUUUGGAAAAAUAGGGUUGUAAAACCUACCCGGUACAUUCACGUUCGAUUUACAGUAAAACACACUUGUAGCAGACAUUUAUAAUGAAUUUACGCUCAUUAUGGUGAUAUGGUUUUCAUUCCCCUUGAAUUAAAAAUAAAAAAUUACUGGAUAUUGUUCAUUAUGCUCAUAACAAAGCAAAAUCCUCCGUCCCUGGCACUUCUAUAUAAGUGCGAUUCACUGUAAUUUGGUAUUAUACCUGCUGUGUAGAUUGGAAUGAAAUUUGCAAAAUGCAGACAUUUGAGUUAAACUUUUAAAAAAUCAAAUGUAAAAAAUGCAAACUUCAGAUCAAUAGAGCUUAUUAUGUAUAUUAUAGUAAAAUAAGUGACUGCUAUUUUUGGUUUUUAAAUACUCGUAGCAUAAUCAAGUAGUAGUUAAAAAAAAAAAAAACAACUUUUAAUGCAUAAUUUUUUUGUUUUUAAAAUUGGUUUCUUUGUCAGAUUGAUCUCAUGAAAGAUUCUUGGUAGAAAUGAAAUUCUUAUCUGCAUUCAUAAAUGACCAAUUUAAAUGUAUGAAAUAGGUGUUUGCUCACAAAAAUGUCUCAUUCAUGUAUUUUAGUUCAUUUAACAUAUUUUCGUAUACUUUUAAGUACAAGUUUUAAUUGAAAUUUUAAUCAGUAAUGUAAACUUGUAAAAAAAAAAUUGAAAUUAUAAUCACUAAUGUUAACUUGUAAAAAAAAAAAAUUAAGUCGGCAUUUAUUUUAAAACAUUUAGAGAAAAGUUCAAAUCAUGUAGUACUGUAAAAUCUUUUGAUUAAUUUCAAGGGGUCUAAUGUUUUGGGAUUGAGAGAAAGAUAUUGGUUCUAGGGGAUAUGAAUUCAUGGUAGAAGGAUACGUGUUAAACAUAUUAUUUUAUAUAAUGUCCUUUCAUACCCCCCAAAACAAUGGAAAUUACCUGCCCCACCCAACCCCACCACCACAAAAAAAUCAGUGAUUACACAGGAUUACUUUGUUACAUACUUCACAUAAUAAGAUGAUUCUGUAAAUGCGUAAAAUUCAGUGAUUUCAAGGUCUUAUAAAGCUAGUCAGUAUAUAUUACAUUCCACAGUUUGUUCUGUAGUGAAGAAUUAUAUUGUUCUGAACUAUGGAGUAUAUAAAGUUAUGCUGUCUCAUUUGAAUAUAGUAAAUGUAUUUCAAAAGUUGUUCAGGUUACAUCAUUAUAGGGAAAGGGUAUUAAAAUUGGGGAAAAAAAACUAUCGAGGGAAAUAUUAAAAAAAAAAUGUUUGGAUUGUAUUUUUCUUUUUCUGUUUUUAUUCUGUUUUGAUAUGAAGUAAAUAGGUUUUUCCAAAGGAGUGUAUGAUAAUUGUGAUAAUAUUGUUGAUUGUGAUUUUAUUAGCAUGUCUGAAAGUAAGCCUUAAAUGUCAGUACCUAGAAUGCUUUAAUAUAGUACUUGAAAGCUUUACAAACUUGUUAUUGUUGUCAGAAUAAAUUGUUAUUAUUCUUUUAAUAUUCAAUCAGUGCAAUUUUUUUUUCCAGAAUACUGUACAUUGUUUAUGAUAUUCAUGCUGUUAAUUUAUAUCGCUUGUUUUUUUGUAAUGCAUGAACAUCAAAAUAAGAUGAAAUUGUAUCUGUGUUGUACCAAUGUAAUCUACAGGAAAUAUGUUUUGUAACUACACAGCAAACAGAGAAAUAGAUCCUUCUGUUUGAUUGGAGUCAUUUGAAAUUAACCCCUCCUCCAGAAAAAUUACUUUGUUUUGAAAGAUAGGGGAGGGGAGGAAGAAAAAUUGUACAAAAAAUAUUUAGAUUAUUGUUUAUUUAUAAAUGCAUGUUUAAAUACGUGCUUUUUAUAAUUUUUGAUUUGUCAUAUGGGUGCUACAAAAUAUAUAUGCUUAGCCUUACAUUGAUUUAUUUAUUUUCUUUCUUUCUUCUUCUUCUUUACAAAUUAAAUCAUUUUAACAAACAGAUUGAAACAAAGUGUUACUCUGACCAAAUCUUUAAUUUCAGUACUUGAGUUCAUUUUUAUAUACAUGUACAUGCUUACCCACCAUUCCUGGUACAUAUUAUAUUCUUAGUUCUUAGUCAUAGAGUUGUAGUUUUUAUUGACCAUCAAGUCUUCAUGGUGAAUGUGCAUGGAAGACUACAUGUACCAUUUUAAUUUUUCUUCUUUUUUUUUUAAAUAUAUGACCAAAUCAUAGAAUUGUUGCUGUAUUUAAAUAUAUAUUUUUAAUUCUCAAAUUAAUUGUUCUCUGCUAAUUAUGAAGCUACCUCAUAGUGCUCUGAUCUUAAAUGUCUAAAUCUGAUAAAUUUAUAAUCUACUGACAAAUCAAAAUCAGGUUUCACAUUAGUGCAUAAAAAAAAUCAGAUUUUUAUUUUUUGCAGGGGGUUUGUAUGAAUUAAUGAAUAUCAAUUUCUGUAGGUAUAAACAGAUAACAUACAAGUUUAUUUAUUUAAUUUUCAUCAGAGAGUCAGUGGAUCUCGAUUUCAUUGAACUAAUUAACAUUUUCAUUAAUUCAGCAUAUUUUCUGGUUAAAGUUGACUUUAUGUUUGAAUGAAUACCUACAUGUAGUACAUGUAUGUAUAUAUCUGAAGUUUCCUGUGUCAUUGUUAUGUAGCCAUUCCAAUUUACCUGUCUUGGUACACUGAACAAAUAUUUUGUUCCUUGAUUUAUACCUUGGGUAGACAUGAUUUUUAUUUGUUUUAAAUUUAACAAACACCAGAUAGGUGUACAUUAUACGUAAUGAGUGUUCCUAUGUAAUUGUUGGUUUGUUUGAAUUAUAGUACCAUACCUGUGAGAAAAAAAAAUGAGAAUCAGCAUUCAACUUGUCACAAUAUAUACAUGUAUCAAAAUCUGAUUUUUAUUACUGAGAAAUUGUCAUGAUUUAUUGUAAGCAUUACACUGAAAAUAAAGUGGUUGACAAUUA